AAAAUUUCACUGAGAAUUUUUUUUAAUGGCGACAAUCUUAUUUUAAGUUCCUCAAUUGAUGUAAACGUGCAAGCUUGUAUCAGACCAUAUGCUAUCGAUUAAUAGCAAAGUAUUAUGAUUAUUAUACAUGCUACGAUCGAUUGCGAUCGUCAAUUAUGCAUACACAUGGUCAAAUAUGCGACGACUCGUCGUAUUGUCGAUAAGAAAGGUCGUGGAAGUUCAUCUUCGGCUGACAAAGUGCGUUCAAUACCACAACGAAAUUCGUCGAUCAAGAGUGCGAUAAAUCGGCUCUUUCUCUCUGCAGUAUCGUCAGUAACUUACGAAACGCUUUCGGAAAAUAAUCUUUGGCUAAAAUAAUUUUUAUUGUUCCUCAUUGAAUGUGAUCACAUAGAAGUCAUUGCACGGUCAAUUAUUCCUUUCGCAAGUUUUGAACGUGUCGGUGUGAACAAGUUCGAAGUCUGAUUGAGGCCAGGAUCACUGAUGCAUAAACGUCGUUGUUCUUAGCUAACAAUAUGAUCUUCUGUCUUGCAUUUCCGCGGGUCAUUGUCGUGUUGCUUUAGAUCCUCUUCUUUAGAUUUACUGUUCCUCGUCGUUGUCGUCGAAACCGUUCAAGACGAAUCAUCUAAGAAAAUUGAUGACGUAUAUCGUUGACUGACAAAACAAUUACGAUUUGAUUGUACAUUUAACAAUGACUUUUUUGAACACACAUAAUGUGCAUCAUAAAAGAACUGAACACAUAUCUCAAGGUGACUGCAUGACUGUCUGUGUAAGUUUUGUUUGUAAGUUCGGGAAGUGAAUAGAUUUAUAUGAGAUUCAAUAUGGUGAGCACAAAUCCGCUCAUAGGGGCGACCACUCUCAAUCGAAUGAGAAAUACUUUUUGUGGAGUACCAAAGGCUGAAAUUGAACGUAGGACCAAUGCACUUUUGCAAUCCAUGACGAUCGAAGAACUUUAUGCUGCACUGCUGUAUAUGACACAACAUCAGAUUGGCUUUGAUAUUUCCAAAGAAUGUGGCCAAGAAGCUCUUUUGAACCACUUACAAAAUGCUUUUAAAGUCGAUAACGAGACACACGAAAGAGUGUUAGAAGAAACAAAAAAUCUCGAGCCGCCAGAGUUGCACCUAAAUGUUGAAGUGAUCGAAGCCAAAGAGUUAGUCUCCAAAGAUUCUAACGGCAAAAGUGAUCCUUUCUGUGCUCUUUAUCUCGAAUCAGCCCCGACCAGAAGAUACAAUACUGCUGUGAAAACUUGUACACUUAGUCCAAUUUGGGAAGAACAUUUUGAAUUACCGUUAGAGGAUCCUGAAAACGACGUCUUGUGCCUUGAAGUAUGGGAUUUUGACGCUGCCGAAACUGUGCCUGAAAAAAUGAGCAAAGUUAAAGAUGUUAAAGGUGUUCGUGGCUUAGUUAAACUAGCCAAGGAAAUUGCAGUAACGGCUACGACUGGUAGUCAUGAUAAUGAAUUCAUUGGUCGAUGUCGAAUACCAUUAAAGGAUAUACCAACAACGGGGCAUACUAUGUGGUACGCUCUAGAUAAAAAAAACAAAUCAAAACGUCGGGGUGUUGUAAAACUCCGAUUGGCCUUCAGCGCGGAACAUAAUGCACAAGUAGCCGCACAAGAACAUCGACAUUUGUUAAGAGUAUUGCUACUUCACGAAAUUGAGACGGAAAAAAUUGAGAAAUAUUGUUGGUGUGGUCGUUGGUCAGCACCAGCUGAAGCUCUCAUUCUUCAACAUAGUGCUCAACGUGGUUUACUAGCUAGAAAUCUCGCUUUGGCACAAUGGGUCGAAUAUGCAAGAAUUCACCAAGAGCAUCCAUUAAGUUUCACAGUUUUUAAUAAGCUUGCGAUUGAUUUGCUUAGGCCAAUGGACAGCGGUUUGUUUUCUGCCGACGAAACUAGACUCUUCUGGGAUGCCACCAAAAAGAUUCUGUAUUCAGGCUUAAAUAGUAUACGAAAAAUUCGAAGACUGACUUUGGGAGAUAGAAAUGUCAUGUUACAAUUAUCCGCUAUUUUAGGGAUAUUAUCAUCUAUAUCAUCUCUAAAAGUUCCUGCAGACAUUGACCUUUUUCCGGACAAAAUGUACUCUUGGUUUCCUCAAUUUGAAGAUGUCAAAAUAGAUGUACUACAAGGCUUGGAAUACACUAUUAUACAAAGCUGUGCAGAAUGGUUUGAUCAUAUAGUAAACAAUAAUUUACCUGACACAGAAUUGGACGAAGAUGCUCUUAGAUAUCAUAUUAAAGUAAUUCAAUUGAUUAGAGCAGACUUACAGAAAGCUAUUGAGAUUUAUGAUAAAUUAUUUAUAAAAAAAAUCAACGUUCCGUAUGCAAGAAUGCUGUAUAUUGCGUAUGAGAAAAGAAUCAGCGAUAUGUGCAUGAUUAUUAUAGAGGAUGUAUGUGCCAGAUUAAAACGAAUUGAAGUUGAUAGCACCGACAAUGCAGAAUUAAGUUUAGGCACAACUCUGUUUGAGCUUUAUCUUACUCUUCAAAGAUAUGCCGUACUUGGUCAGGUACUUUGCGCCGAAGGGCAGCUGGAAGAUAUGAAGAUACAAAAGUAUCAUGAGUGGUUUCGCGGUGGUGUUGCGCAUUGGUUAGAUAUCGCAGUGUAUAAAGCACUUAAACGCAUUGACAGAGCGGUUGAGAUUGACACUUUACGAGCAGUUGACAACAGUGUUCAGUACAGUUCGAGCGCGGUGGAUACAUUAACAACUUUCUAUCAGAUCAAAGUCUUUUGGACGCAGCUUGCGUGGCCGGACGUUGAAGGUUCCUACACAUUCAUAGCAAAGAUCAUUGAUGAUAUUUGUAAAUGUUCCAUUGCAUACGCGGAUAAGAUGGCAGCAAAAGCAGAGCUGACAACGGAGUUAGAGCAGCUCUCGCAGAGUAGUGUUUAUGAGAAAAAAUUUACAAUAUCGACAGCCUGGUGUUUUGCAAUUAAUAAUAUUGAUUAUAUUAGAACGUCGAUUGCACCACUGGCUAAAGAUUUAGGAUUGGAAGAAAUCGUGGAGGCUUUAGGGGAACACAAGACUCAAGAAGAAGCUGAUCGUUGUCGGCAGACUCUUCAACUCAUUAUUGAUAAUGCCGCAGAUACUGUGAAGAAUAAGAUCAUAGAGCUGUUAGAAGUUGUAGCUAAUAAAAUGGCUCCUGCAAUGAACAGAUAUCUCAUGGAGGGAGCCGAAUUAAUUGAUACAACUAGUAACGCGAUGGAUCGUCUGCUACAGUAUUUAGAUAAUAAUCUGGCAACGUUACAUGAUAAUCUCAACGAGGACAACUUUAAAAGAGUUCUCCUGGUGAUUUGGGAUAUCAUGUCUCAGACGCUAUAUGAGCUAGUCAACAUUAAUUUAGAGAAACGACGACCGCCAGCAUUUUACUCGAAUUUACAUCGAACUCUUCACACGCUCACGAUUUUUAAUCUCGGUGCCGAUGAAACAGCGAAUGUGCAAGUUUUAGAAAAUAUCGAACGUCUUUUAAAAUUACAUGGACUUGAAACUGCUCAGCUCAUACAUCGUUAUCAUCAAGAACGUUUAGAGGAACAGAAGGAAAUUGAGGAGCCUAUGUAUGGUCUUGUCACCGUCAAAGCACAUUUCAUCGAUAAUUCGCUGAAUAUACAGAUUUUGAAUGCCAGAAAUCUUCGUAGUAUGGAUAGCAAUGGCGAUUUUAUAGGCAAGCUGUCUACUCUCGAACGCAAACUACACUCAAAAUCUAAACAAAGAGUGAAAGAAGGGAAGACAAGUAAAUGCGAUUCCUACGUAAAGAUCAGACUUCUACCUGAUGAGAAAUUUGCUGAUAUUAAAGUGCCAAAAACGCAUGUGCAGAAAGAAACGGUGUUUCCUCUUUUUGACGAAACAUUUAACAUUCCUCUUACUCCGGAACAGAGAGCUAUAGAGGACGCUAUAGUGGCAUUUGAGAUAAAAGACAAAGAUUUUCUUAGAACAAGAUUUAUGGCUGAAGCUUUCCUACCAUUUAAGGAGAUUCCUGACACUGAACCAGAAACUGAUUUUGCAAUUUUAGAACAGAUUCAUUUGAAACUUUCCCGUCCAACCAAAAAAAGUACGGACGUCAUUCGCGCAUUGGAGCAUAGAAGAGGAGACAAUCAGGCAAUGGAUUUCAUUGCAAAACUCAAUACUAAAGCAAAUUCUAAAUGAUCUACGUGGAACUUCGAUGUGGAUUUACGUUUUGAUCAUUUUCGAAAGUACUCAACACAAAAUAUAUUCAAGCAACUCAGUCUGUAUAAGAUGAUGUAUCGAUAUUAAUAAUAUGCCAGCGUUGCCUUUAUAAGAAGUCGCUGUAAAUAGUUUGUAAUAAAUGUGCUUUAGCCAUCGUGUUAUUAGCAUAGCGCGAUGCUCUGGCAAUAGCAUAAUGCUCGCGAAUAUUUUAAGGCUGUGCAUAGUCUCGAUUGUUAUAACUUUCAAAAGAACCAUUGAACAUCGCAUUUUAAAACUUUAAACAGAAAACUGCAAGGCUGAGUAAGUGCUAUUUGUAAAAAAGUAAUUGUGUAUUUAUUAUAAACAAAUAGUUAUUAUAUUCAACGACUAUAUGCUUAGAGUAUAUAGAAUACUUAUUUUGUGACAAAAUUUAUGCUGCGACGUAUUUCAAAUUUUGGAAAGAAUUUUAUACUGUAUAUGUGUAAUAUAUUAUUAUGUCUAGCAAAUGGAAUAUGUACAUAGAUGCAGUAAUAUUAAAUGAAAGAGAUGCGUGUUUUA